AAAAGCUGCUUUGUAUGUGCCCAGUAGAUUUCCAUGGGAUCUUCCAAUUAGAUGAAAGACGGAGAGAUGCGGUGAUUGCGUUGGGCAUUUUUCUCAUUGAGUCUGAUCUUCAGCACAAAGAUUCUGUGGUUCCUUACCUUCUUCGACUUCUUAAAGGUCUUCCGAAAGUGUAUUGGGUAGAAGAAAGCACAGCUCGGAAAGGCAGAGAUGAAAAGGCUCACUCCUGGAAUGAGAUUCUAGAGGCACUUUUGCAGGUUUUGCAUGUCCUUCUGGACAUGUGCCAGGCCUUGGAGAGUCAAGAAAAAGAAUACCUUUGCAAAUACGCAAUCCCAUGCCUGAUUGGAAUCUCGCGAGCAUUUGGCCGUUACAGCAACACAGAAGAGUCUCUCCUCUCGAAACUCUUUCCCAAAGUCCCUCCUCAUUCCCUCCGAGUCCCAGAGGAGCUGGAAGGCGUGCGGAGGCGCUCCUUCAAUGACUUCCGCUCCAUCCUCCCCAGCAAUUUGCUGACUGUGUGUCAGGAGGGCACCCUGAAGAGGAAGACCAGCAGUGUGUCCAGCAUCUCUCAGGUCAGCCCCGAACGUGGGAUUCCCCCUCCCAGUUCCCCUGGAGGAUCCGCCUUUCACUGCUUUGAAGUCUCUUACUUACCUGAUGGGAGUGCCCUGGACCCCGAUUACUACUUCUCCACCAUCAGCUCCAGCUUUUCAGUUUCUCCUCUGUUCAAUGGCGUCACCUAUAAGGAGUUCAGUAUUCCACUUGAAAUGCUUCGGGAACUCCUAAACUUGGUGAAGAAGAUCGUUGAGGAACCUGUUCUCAAAUCCUUGGAUGCAGUUACAGCCAGUGUCAUAGAGGCCAACCCCAGCGCUGAUCUCUACUACACCACGUUCAGCGACCCCCUCUAUGUGGCCAUGUUUAAGAUGCUGCGCGACACUCUGUACUACAUGAAAGAUCUCCCGACCGCCUUUGUAAAGGAGAUUCAUGAUUUUGUGCUGGAGCAGUUCAACACAAGUCAGGGGGAGCUUCAGAAGAUUCUGCACGAUGCGGACCGGAUCCACAGUGAGCUGAGCCCCCUCAAGCUGCGCUGCCAGGCAAACGCCUCCUGUGUGGACCUCAUGGUGUGGGCCGUGAAGGACGAGCAGGGUGCAGAAAAUCUUUGCAUUAAGCUGUCUGAGAAGCUGCAGUCCAAGACGUCCAGCAAAGUCAUCAUCGCUCAUUUGCCCUUGCUCAUCUGCUGUCUGCAGGGUCUGGGCCGCCUUUGUGAGAGGUUCCCAGUGGUGGUGCACUCGGUGAUGCCGUCUCUGCGGGACUUCCUGGUCGUCCCAUCCCCCGUGCUGGUGAAGCUCUAUAAGUGCCACAGUCAGUACCACACAGUUGCUGGCAAUGAUAUAAAAAUCAGUGUAACCAACGAGCAUUCGGAGUCAACGCUGAGUGUCAUGUCGGGAAAGAAGAGCCAGCCGUCCAUGUACGAGCAGCUCCGCGACAUUGCCAUCGAUAACAUCUGCAGGUGCCUGAAAGCUGGCCUGACGGUAGAUGCGGUGAUCGUAGAGGCCUUCCUGGCCAGCCUCUCUAACCGGCUCUACAUCUCCCAGGAGAGUGACAAGGAUGCUCACUUGAUUCCCGACCACACCAUCCGAGCCUUGGGACACAUCGCAGUGGCCCUGAGGGACACCCCAAAGGUUAUGGAGCCAAUUCUGCAGAUCCUGCAGCAGAAAUUCUGCCAGCCACCCUCCCCCCUCGACGUGCUCAUCAUCGACCAGCUGGGCUGCCUGGUUAUCACUGGAAAUCAAUACAUUUAUCAGGAAGUGUGGAACCUCUUCCAGCAGAUCAGUGUCAAGGCCAGCUCUGUCGUGUACUCUGCCACUAAAGAUUACAAGGACCAUGGCUACAGGCACUGCUCCCUGGCGGUGAUCAAUGCCCUGGCCAACAUCGCAGCCAACAUCCAGGACGAGCACCUCGUGGACGAGCUGCUCAUGAACCUGCUGGAGCUGUUUGUGCAGCUGGGGCUGGAGGGAAAGCGCGCCAGUGAGAGGGCCAGCGAGAAGGGGCCUGCCCUGAAGGCUUCUAGCAGUGCAGGAAACUUGGGCGUACUCAUUCCUGUAAUAGCUGUGCUGACCCGACGGUUGCCGCCCAUCAAGGAAGCUAAGCCGCGGUUGCAGAAGCUCUUCCGGGACUUCUGGCUCUAUUCUGUCCUGAUGGGAUUCGCCGAGGAGGGGUCAGGACUCUGGCCAGAAGAAUGGUAUGAGGGGGUCUGUGAAAUAGCCACCAAGUCCCCCCUGCUCACUUUUCCCAGCAAAGAGCCGCUGCGGUCCGUCCUCCAGUACAACUCAGCCAUGAAAAACGACACAGUCACCCCCGCUGAACUGAGCGAGCUCCGCAGCACCAUCAUCAACCUGUUGGACCCUGCCCCCGAGGUGUCCGCCCUCAUCAACAAGCUGGACUUUGCCAUGUCUACCUAUCUCUUGUCUGUUUAUCGGCUGGAAUAUAUGAGGGUUCUGCGCUCAACAGGUCCUGACCGCUUCCAGGUCAUGUUCUGCUACUUUGAGGAUAAAGCUAUUCAGAAAGACAAGUCUGGGAUGAUGCAGUGUGUGAUUGCCGUCGCAGACAAAGUUUUUGACGCCUUCCUGAACAUGAUGGCAGAUAAAGCAAAGACCAAGGAGAAUGAGGAGGAGCUGGAGCGGCAUGCGCAGUUUCUCCUGGUGAAUUUCAACCACAUUCACAAGAGGAUACGGAGAGUGGCGGACAAGUACCUGUCUGGUCUGGUGGAUAAGUUUCCCCACUUGCUCUGGAGCGGGACGGUGCUGAAGACCAUGCUGGACAUCCUCCAGACCCUGUCAUUGUCACUGAGCGCUGAUAUUCACAAGGACCAGCCUUACUACAACAUUCCUGACGCCCCCUAUCGGAUCACUGUUCCUGACACGUAUGAAGCCCGAGAGAGCAUUGUGAAGGACUUCGCUGCACGCUGUGGAAUGAUCCUACAGGAGGCGAUGAAGUGGGCGCCUACGGUCACCAAGUCCCACCUACAGGAAUAUCUGAACAAACAUCAGAACUGGAUGUCAGGACUGUCUCAGCACACAGGACUGGCCUUGGCCACCGAGAGCAUCCUUAACUAUGCCGGCUACAACAAGCAGAACACGACUCUCGGGGUGUAUGGGAUGAUUCGUUUCUCAGACACCACAGGCCAGAUAUCUGACCUGAACAAAAUGAUGGUCCAGGAGCUGAACACAGCGUUAGACCUUGGUAAUCCUCAGCACUACACACAGGCCAUGUUUAAGCUGACAGCGAUGCUCAUCAGCAGCAAAGAUUGUGACCCACAGCUCCUCCAUCAUCUGUGUUGGGGUCCCCUCCGGAUGUUCAACGAGCAUGGCAUGGAGUCUGCCCUGGCCUGCUGGGAGUGGCUGCUGGCUGGCAAGAAUGGAGUGGAAGUGCCGUUCAUGCGGGAGAUGGCAGGGGCCUGGCAGAUGACAGUGGAGCAAAAGUUUGGACUAUUUUCUGCGGAGAUAAAGGAAGCAGACCCCCUGGCAGCAUCGGAAGCCAGUCAGCCCAAACCCUGUGCUCCCGAAGUGACCCCUCACUAUAUCUGGAUUGACUUCCUGGUGCAGCGGUUUGAAAUCGCCAAGUACUGCAGCUCUGACCAAGUAGAGAUCUUCUCCAGCCUGCUGCAGCGCUCAAUGUCCCUGAACAUCGGCGGGGCCAAGGGGAGCAUGAACCGGCAUGUGGCAGCCAUUGGACCCCGCUUUAAACUGCUGACCCUGGGGCUGUCCCUCCUACACGCUGACGUGGUUCCUAACGCAACCAUCCGCAACGUGCUCCGUGAGAAGAUCUACUCGACCGCCUUUGACUACUUCAGUUGUCCCCCGAAGUUCCCUACUCAAGGAGAAAAGAGGCUGCGUGAAGACAUAAGCAUAAUGAUUAAAUUUUGGACUGCCAUGUUCUCAGAUAAGAAGUACCUGACCGCCAGCCAGCUUGUUCCCCCAGAUAACCAAGACACCCGGAGCAAUCUGGACAUAGCAGUCGGCUCUCGCCAACAGGCCACGCAAGGCUGGAUAAACACAUACCCCCUGUCCAGCGGCAUGUCAACCAUCUCCAAGAAGUCAGGCAUGUCCAAGAAAACCAACCGGGGCUCCCAGCUGCACAAGUACUACAUGAAGCGCAGAACACUGCUGCUGUCCCUCCUGGCCACUGAGAUUGAGCGUCUCAUCACCUGGUACAACCCACUGUCAGCCCCAGAGCUGGAGCUGGACCAGACUGGGGAGAACAGCGUGGCCAACUGGAGAUCCAAGUACAUCACUCUGAGUGAGAAGCAGUGGAAAGAUAAUGUGAACCUCGCCUGGAGCAUCUCUCCUUACCUGGCCGUGCAGCUGCCAGCCAGGUUUAAGAACACAGAAGCCAUUGGCAAUGAAGUGACCCGACUGGUUCGGUUGGACCCUGGAGCCGUUAGUGACAUCCCGGAAGCUAUCAAGUUCCUAGUCACCUGGCACACCAUCGACGCCGACGCGCCCGAGCUCAGCCACGUGCUGUGCUGGGCACCCGCCGACCCACCCACGGGCCUCUCCUACUUCUCUAGCAUGUACCCGCCCCAUCCUCUCACGGCACAGUACGGGGUGAAGGUCCUGCGGUCCUUCCCACCGGAUGCCAUCCUGUUCUAUAUCCCCCAGAUUGUGCAGGCCCUCAGGUAUGACAAGAUGGGCUAUGUGCGGGAGUAUAUUCUGUGGGCAGCAUCCAAAUCCCAGCUUCUGGCACACCAGUUUAUCUGGAAUAUGAAAACAAAUAUCUAUCUAGAUGAAGAGGGGCACCAGAAAGACCCCGACAUUGGUGACCUCCUGGAGGAGUUAGUGGAGGAGAUCACAGGCUCCUUGUCAGGCCCGGCCAAGGACUUCUAUCAGCGGGAAUUUGAUUUCUUUAACAAGAUCACCAACGUAUCAGCCAUCAUCAAGCCCUACCCUAAAGGAGACGAGAGAAAGAAGGCUUGUCUGUCGGCUCUGUCUGAAGUGAAAGUGCAGCCUGGCUGCUACUUGCCCAGCAACCCUGAGGCCAUCGUGCUGGACAUCGACUACAAGUCGGGGACACCCAUGCAGAGUGCUGCAAAAGCUCCGUAUCUGGCAAAAUUUAAGGUGAAACGAUGUGGAGUUAGUGAACUUGAAAAAGAAGGUCUGCGAUGCCGCUCGGACUCUGAGGACCAGUGUGGUGCACAGGAGGCCGAAGGCCAGAAGAUUUCCUGGCAGGCAGCCAUCUUCAAAGUGGGAGAUGACUGCCGACAGGACAUGCUGGCCUUGCAGAUCAUCGACCUCUUCAAAAACAUCUUCCAGCUAGUCGGCCUAGACCUCUUUGUCUUCCCCUACCGCGUGGUGGCCACAGCCCCCGGGUGUGGGGUGAUCGAGUGCAUCCCCGACUGCACCUCUCGGGACCAGCUGGGCCGCCAGACGGACUUCGGCAUGUACGACUACUUCACGCGCCAGUAUGGGGAUGAGUCCACCCUGGCCUUCCAGCAGGCGCGCUACAACUUCAUCCGCAGCAUGGCCGCCUACAGCCUUCUGCUGUUCCUGCUGCAGAUCAAGGACAGACACAACGGCAACAUCAUGCUGGACAAGAAGGGCCAUAUCAUCCACAUCGACUUUGGCUUCAUGUUUGAAAGCUCACCGGGUGGCAACCUUGGCUGGGAACCGGACAUCAAGCUGACAGACGAGAUGGUGAUGAUCAUGGGAGGCAAGAUGGAGGCCACGCCCUUCAAGUGGUUCAUGGAGAUGUGUGUCCGUGGCUACCUGGCCGUGCGGCCCUACAUGGAUGCGGUCGUCUCUCUGGUCACCCUCAUGUUGGACACAGGCCUGCCCUGCUUCCGUGGCCAGACAAUCAAGCUCUUGAAGCACAGGUUCAACCCCAAUAUGACCGAGCGAGAGGCUGCGAAUUUCAUCAUGAAGGUCAUUCAGAGCUGCUUCCUCAGCAACAGGAGCCGGACCUACGACAUGAUCCAGUACUAUCAGAACGACAUCCCCUACUGAGGAUGACGUCAGACCACCAGCUGUCGUGGGCGCCUCACCCAAGCUGUCCGCAAUCAUAGAACCAUGCGAGCACUUCCCUGUCCCUCCGCUGUGCGAGGUCAAAGGGGGUGAACUGUUAGCGGCAUUUCAUCGAAUGGAGUUAUUUUUAUAGGACAAAAGCAGCGCACCCCUGCAGAGCCUGGCCACCUUAAGUGUGGCCCACAUGUGGCAUGUAAGACUGAAACGACAAUCAUCUGAUGGUACUGUCUCUGCAUGGGUGUGAAUACUUUGCACUGAACACAUUCCCUACCUGUAUUAUUUCAUAGGUACAUGAAGUAUUUUCUCAUGUAUAAAAAACAUUAUAUUCAACGUAAGAUUUAACCAACAUAAAGAAAAUAACCAACAAAA